AUGCUCAAAGUGCACAAUCGCUAUCGUCGAGUACACGACGCGCCAGAUCUCGUGCUCAGUGGACGUCUUAAUGCGAUGGCGCAGGAAUGGGCUGAAUUCCUCGUGGAUGAAAUUUGCCUUUCAAACAGCGGUUUUACUUUAGAUGGACUUCGACUUGGUGAGAAUAUUUCAAGUCGUUGGUCGAAUGGUGAAUUAGAGGAGUCCGGUAAAAGCGGAAUUGGUGUUAGUUCACGAUCACGAGGGGAACCGAACACUUUCCAGCUUUCGAGUUCUGUCCCAAUCCGCCUUCAUUUUCGAAGUGCCUCCACAACCGCUCCUCCGUCGAAUAUCGCCCUUACAUCAACUGGUCGUGCGUUAGGAAUUUCUGGAGGCCAUUCAGGUGGUCCAAAAGGUAGAAAAUAUCAACGAAGUGUUAGCUGCAAGUUUCCAUGCUCCACGAAUCGUCUGCCUUAUCCACCAGAUACAACAAACCUCCCUCCACCGUGUAUUCGUUCCUUCUCACUUGACUUCCAUGCUGAAUUCGAUGAGGGCUCGGGGAUUGUGUAUGGGUCUGGUGGAGCGCUUUUCGCCACAAUUGUCAGAGUGCUAUCACAAUUAAAAUGCCUUCGGAGUCUCUAUCUACGCAACUUGUUUCUUUCGCAGCAUGACGCAAGGCAGUUGCUGAUUGAAGUCUCCACAGUUGCCGGUCCCACUUUGGAAAGAGUUAGCCUUCUUCACGUUUGUAAAAUAAACCACGAACGCCAUAAUAUGGAAGUAGCUCACCAAGGCGGAGAUAGUCAUUUUGAUUCCCCUUCGGUAAUUACGUCGAAUACAACUAAUACCACAGAAGGCAGCUCGUCGAACGAUGUUGAUAGAUAUUGGUAUUUGAGGGAUGCCCGGUGGUUGGGUGCAAGACCUCGUCUCCUGGGGUGGAACCCACUUGCUGAUAUUUUUGCUCUCUUUCCUAAUCUCAGUCAUCUGGAGAUUGCUCUUACUCAACUGACUGGACCAAUGCUCCUACGUUUGAUCUAUCAGACUCAAUUAACUGUGCUAAUUCUUACCCAGACGGAUUUAUCCCCACGUUGGAUGGAGUACCUACAGAACGAGGAGGGAUCUGUAAAUAUCGUGAGUCGGGAGGGUAUGAAUGCAGUUGCUGAUCAGACAGUCAGUCACACAAGCGAUGAAUACUUUGUCGAUUGGGGUGCCGAUGUUCCGAUUGUUCGCCACGGUAUUGCCGCCUCCUCUUCUGAUCCCCCAGCUGCAAUGGGAAUCCCUGGCGGUUCUGAUUUCUGGUGUCCAGUGGCCCCUGAAAUAUGGCGACGUGCGGUACUCAUGCGUCCCUCGCUGAGGGUUCAUGUUCGUCUGAGAUUUCUCUAUUCACGAGCCACGUCGGAGUUGAAUGUACUUGCGUUGCCCGCCCUUCCUGCACCUCUAGUUUCUAUUGUUUGCGUUUUUGGGUGUGGAGAUCAGAUGGCAACCUAUCGUCUGAUUGAGAGAGCAAUCCCACAUAUUGCGCAAUAUGCUGAUACGCUACUGGAUAUCGUUCUACUUACUGAGUUGGAUUUAGAAGCAGUAGAAUCGGAGGAGCGAGAAAAGGAACAGCUAGCGCGUCUGCGUGGAAAGAAGCUCGUUUUCUCUUACCAAAACCGUCAAAAGCGACGUCAGAUAACCCCUACAAAGGAUAUCGUUCCACAAGCCCUAGACGAACAGCUUCUCAAUCUCCUCAACGCUUGUCCCAAUGUUUCCUCUUUGAGUAUCGGCGGUCGUCUAUUGAACGUUCAUCUAACUACUGCAAGUCAAAUCUGUCGUCUCUUGGUAAAGGCGGCUCGAGCUUGUCCUAGAACUGGUCCCAGUGGACAAAAACCAGCUUUGUAUAUUGAUGCUGGAUCAAUUCGAUUCAGUGGGCCUAUUCCCGAAUCAGCUAGUGAAAGGGAUUCAAGCAUCUUCCUCGAACUAAUGAGAGAUUGUCGAGGUAAGGAGGUUGAUUCACCUGCUGCUAGGCAACGUGCUGCCGAAUGUUUGAUUGCUGCCACUUUGGGGUCUCCUAGGUGGCAUUUCCUUCAGACUGAAGAUUUUCGACGCCAUGUGCUCCACUAUCCGGCUGUUUAA